UCCCCAGGUCUUUAUGGUGCAGCCAACUACAGCAGAUCAAGAAUAAUUCACUCACAGGGCAAAAACACCUAACCUAGAAACCCCAUGACGCAAACCCUUCCACCACCACCACCAGCUUCCCCCAACACACGCACACAAUUUCCUAAAGAUUUCACCACACCGCACUGUUUGCAUGAAAUCGAGCUUUUUUUUCUCUCUAUGUAAUUUUUAUUAUCUCUUUAAAACGAUUAUAAUACAGUCUACCUCCUCUGUUAUACCCACUUCAGCAUACGGAUUUUUCCUAAUUUCUUGUAAUCUUUGAUACGCAUUUACAUUUUUCCAGAACCCUAUUUGCGUUUUUGGUGAAGUAACGUAUUUUGUGAAUGGUUUUCUGGGAUUUUAGAUUAGCAUUCGAUUGAUUUUAUUGGUGUAGGUGGUUCAAUGUAUUUACAUGAACUACUUUUUCUGACUGUUAAUGCUUUUUAGUUGGCGUCAUUUUGUUAAAUGGCUCUCGAAAAUUUUGCUGAAAUGUUGAUUUUGGUUGGUGGAUAUGUUUGAAAUAUUGAGGGUAGUAUUGGAUCAUGCUCUUUCUGCGCCUGGUUCGCAGAUUUGGUACAGUGCCCCAUAUUUCUGUUGCAGCUGCUGAUGUGCCGUCUAUUAACAAUGUUGGUCCUGCUAGGAAUAUUGGGGAGUCAAAUAAUAUGCAAAAACCUAUCAAAAUAGAUGAACCCGCACUUGUUAAGUUGAAAAAUGAAAGGGACCCUGAAAAGUUGUUUAAUUUGUUUAAGGCCAAUGCCCACAAUAAGGUUCUUGUUGAAAAUCGAUUUGCAUUCGAGGAUACAAUUUCUAGGUUAGCUGGUGCUGGUCGGUUUGAUUACAUUGAGAAUUUGCUUGACCAUCAGAAAACUUUGCCGCAGGGCCGGCGAGAAGGAUUCAUAAUUCGAAUUAUAGUGUUGUAUGGGAGGGCUGGAAUGUUUAAACACGCUGUUAAUACAUUUUAUGAUAUGCAUCUGUAUGAUUGUAAGAGGACAGUUAAGUCGUUUAAUGCUACGUUAAAGGUGUUGACUCAAUCCCGUGAUUUGGAGGCGAUUGAAUCUUUUCUAAGAGAUGUGCCGUUCAACUUUGGCAUCGAGCUAGAUGUGUUUUCUAUUAAUAUUGUUAUCAAAGCAUUUUGUGAAAUGGGUUUAUUGGAUAAAGCUUAUUUGGUCAUGGUUGAGAUGGAAAAGAUGGGAAUAAGUCCGGAUGUGAUUACAUACACAACACUAAUAGCGGCCUUUUACAAGGCAAACCGAUGGGAGAUUGCCAAUGGAUUAUGGAACCUUAUGAUACUAAAGGGUUGUCUUCCUAACGUGGCAACCUUCAAUGCCAGAAUUCAAUUCUUAGUGAAUAAAGGGCGAGCUUGGGAUGCUAACAAGUUAUUGGGUUUGAUGCAUUGCUAUGGGAUACGUCCAGAUGAGAUAACAUAUAAUUUGGUGAUUAAAGGCUUUAGCUGUGCUGGAUACCUUGAAAUGGUAACGAGAGUUUUUAAUGCUUUUUGCCAUGAAGGAUACAAGCCCAAUCAAAAAAUUUAUCAGACCUUGAUCCACUAUCUUUGUCGAGCAGGUAAUUUUGAUUUGGCAUACACUUUUUGUAAAGACAGUAUGCAAAAGAAUUGGUAUCCUAGUGUGGAUAGCAUCUGUAAGCUGCUUGAAGGUCUGAGGAAGGACAAAAAACUUGACAAACUUGAAAAGGCCAAAUAUAUUUUUCUCCUGGCUCAGAAAAGGGUACCUCCUUUUUCUAGUGAUCAAAUAAGUGCCAUGAAAUCUACAUUGUCGAGGAGUUGAAAUAGACAUUGGAUGGUGAACUGUUGCAUGAAACGAUAUGGAGGCUAAGCAGCAGGUAACUUUCCAUAUAAAUCAUCUAUCAUUGAAUGAAGUUGAUGGGAUAUGCUCUUCUGAGAGAUGACAUUUAGGUGAAGACAUCGAAUUUUCUUCAAUUAAGUUGGGGUACUGCCUUAAUCAGAUGCAUGGUGAAAUGGAAGUGCUAAGAUGAGGAACAACCUAAGUUUUUAUUUGUGAUGAAUGGAAUAUCUGUGAAGCAGCAAAAGUACUCUUAUUGCGGCCCCGUAGAUGGCAUUUUGAAAACUUUGGCCCACUAAUGUAUGUCCAUAUUGUCAUCAACCUGUGGUGGAACGUGGUUCAAAGUCACCAUAUUUCCAUUUUAGUAAUAUGGAAAAUAUGCUCCGUUAAUUUUGAAGCUAUAAGAUUUUCAACAGUGGGAUUUGGGUACAACAUUUUUAGAUCGGCUGCUGGAGGGAUACACGAUAGCAGGUUUUCGAUGAUGAACCGAAUUAUAUUGAAAGUUUCUUUGGGAUGGGACUUCCAUACUAUCUGAAAAUGUACAUAUUAUAUCGAAAAUAGGGCAUAGAUUCUUAUAUUUUUCCUUUUUAUGACUUACUAAAAGGUCGAAGGGCAUCGAGCAUAUAUCGGUCAUAUCAUUGGUGGCUAGAGAUAAUGACGUGAGAUCGGUGUUAUGUAUGGUUUAUAUAGCGGGUGAUUAUGGAGCAACGUGAGAAUUCCAGAUGUGUAGAAAUAUUUUAGGAAUCUAAAUCUGAAAGUUGGUAAUUUAUCGAGUGCAAGAAAUGUUAAAUUCUUUGUAUUUUUUCUUAGUAGGCUCAAUCACCAGUAUUGUUCUGAUUGCAUGCCUAUCAUAGUUGAGAAGAUUUGACGCCUGCAUGAAAAUUUUUGAAGUGUAAAAUGCAAUAAAAAAGAAAAAAAUAGAUUUAUUCAUGCAAAAGAAAUGAAUGUAAUUGUU